GCAAGAACGGGUGGUUAUUUCCAGCGAGAAAGGCUCUUUUUUUUUGUUUCUGGUAAAACUCGUGCAUUACCACUUUUUUUUUGUGUUUGCAUUUAUUCAACUGCAAGGAUAAAAAAGACGGUAGCAUAGAAUACGUGCACAGCCUUUUGCCGAGCAUUCAUUAAAGAACCAAACAAGUAACAACCGCGAAAUCAAGGAAUAAGUCGCUGGGAAUAUUUGAAAUAUCAUGGGCGAUUCCUUCUUUGGUUUUAACACCAAGAUGCCGCCGUUGAGUCAAGGCGAGCUGAGGCGCUUGGGAGAUAAUGGGGACCGAGCUGUAGAGGAGACUGAAGUGUUUGAUUUUGAUACGUUGCAAGACACUUUGGACGAUGAGGAACAAGACGACGGAUUGGGCGACCAACUGAUUGAGGAAAACGAUGACUACAAUGACGAAACCUUUGGCAGUGGUGGUCCCAUUGGCCAGGACUUCGAUUUUGCUUCCAACACUGAAAAGUUCAAGGCGAAUACCAUGGAAGAAGAGGCAUUCUUUGUGAAGCGAGGACCAAGAGUAGAAGAACGAACCAACAAUCUUCGUAAUCCUUGGGGUGCUUCACCUAUUCGCGACCGUACUCCCGUCCAUGAUCGCAACACGAGACAGUUUGCCGAGUCGCCUCCCAUUACCAAUUCGUCCUCCAUUUGGGGAAAUUUUGCAGGCGGUUUAUCCACAGAUCGCGGUUUUGGAUCUCUUUCUUCGAACAACAAUUUGUCACCUUUCGGGGGUAACCGCAACCAUGGUCAUCCUUCUCAGUCGCGCGAAUCACCCUACACUCCUUCGCCUCCGCCGGGUCUUUCGCCUUCUUCCUCGUUUGGGCAGCCAUCGCAACGUCGCAGCCAACCCGUGCGCUUGGAAGACAUUGAAGCCGAAUUGCAACGUCAAGCUGCCAGUGGCCGUGCCCCGCGAGAAAUGGAAGGAAAAAAGAUGUUGAGUUUGGCCGAAGUCGAAGCGGCCAUGCUCGCAGGCAGCAGCCCUUCGCGUGUCCCGAUGCAAGAUCCAAACAUGCUUCCCUUUGGUGUGAAUGGCGAUCCAAUGCAAUUGAUGGCGCUCAGACAGCAGCAGCAAGAAUUGCUCCAGCAACAACUGGCUCUUGAACGCGAACUCCAGCGUAAGCAAACGCCUCCCAAGUCACGAUACGACGAAUUGAUGACCCAGCGGGAUAAGGAUUUCAUUAAUCGCGUGCAACUUUCGCAAUUGGCACAAGGAGAUCCUUACUCGGGCGAUUUCUACUAUCAAGUGUAUACUUCGCUUCGUCAGCGCGCUGGACUUCCUACGUGGGCUUCUACGCAUACGGCCUAUGAGCACAGUCACCGUGGCGGCCGUGGACAGAAUAAAGAAGACAACAUGAUGCAAAGAAUGCAGCAACAGUUGCAACGCAUUGUGAAUGAUGCCAAGCGCAGGCCUAAACAAACACAAGUGUCCUUGGAAGGUGCGCUUGGUAAGAUCACCUCAUUGACCGUUCGCAAUCCUCGUCAGGUAUUGCAAGUAUCCGACAAGAAAGUGAGCUCGCCCAGUACCAAGGACAGCACGCGUGAAGUUUCGGACAAGCGGCAUCCUGUACCUCAUGGCAAGCAAGGCGCUUCUACAUUGAAUGAUCGCCGUCGCACGCUUCGUAUAGUCGAAAGUUUGUACGACAUUGUCCUGAAGAUCGAACAAUUGCGUCGUCAAGGACCCGCACGUAAUCGAUCACGUCAUGAAGAAGACGAGGAGGAUGCAAUGAAAGCAUGGAACGAGGCAUGCAAUGCGGAAACUGAGAAACUAUGGGAAGCCCUGGGUUUAUCGGAGGCAAACAAUGAAAGCACGCCCGAUGUGAUUGGUGUUCUUUCGAUUGCCAAAGGCAAGAAGCUGAUCCCGCGUAUCGUGCGACAUUUGACGAGCGAGCAGAAUUUGACGAUGAUUACUGCUAUUGUUAGCCAUUUUGCGCAACUUCAAGUGUGUCGCCACGUGAUCUACCCAGGUACCAUGGUGGCAAAUGCGGAAGAGGCCAAGGCGCAGCAGUUUGUGACGUUUGAAGAUGUGGAAUUAUUCAUGAAUACGGCGGCGCCUCCAUUAUUAUCGUUCAUUGCGGAAGCGCCCUUGAACGUGGUGAAUAAGUUACUUUAUCUAUUUAUGGACAAGAAUGACACGGACGUGGUGGCACGAAGCAAGCCUGGACUUGCCUUCUUGACCAUGCUUUUGUCGCGCGCCGAGAUUUUGAAGCAAGGUGGUGGCGCAUUGCAAGGCUUGAUGCCUCCUUCCAGCGAUGAUUUGGCUCAAUGGCAUGAGGCGUACAAUCGAUUCUUUGAUCUAUUGCAGACGAAAUACGCACAUAUUUUCCCGUCUUUAUACUACCUUGUCCCCGUCUAUCCAAACACGAAUAUGCUACAGUUAUCGCUCGACAUUGAUGACAUGUAUGUGUGGCAAUUUUUGGCGGCCAUGGCGGUAGGCGCGUCAAUGGAUCAGCAACACAUCCUCGUCACCGAAAUCAGGGAUCGUGUAAUGGAAAAUAUUGUGCUGGUUCACAGCAAUCGUCUGAAUGCGACUCAGGCGGCCCAUAAAAUCUCCAACGUCAACCUCUUCUUGCAUGCUCUCGGAUUGGAUGCAUCGCAAGUCUCCAUCCCACGAUAAUCGUUCUUGGUCAUUCUUUUGUUUUUCUUAUGUCUCUUGUCUAUCUCACCUCUAUUUCUUUUUCCUUUUUUUUUUUUUUUUUGGUCCUUCAUCCAUUCUAUUCCUUGUCAGAAAAAAAGUGUCGUUUCCAAGAGGGUCCCUAUCAGCACCAUGAUGAACGCAAAGAAAAAAUUUCAACCCCCCCUUUUUUUUAUAAUAAUAAACAACCUACAUUUAGAGAAC